AGUAAGCCGUUUCACUGAUAGGUUUGGAAUGGAUGGAUGUUGAAGCGUUGAAGAAGCUCAACAAGAACAAGAAAUUGGUUAAGAAGCUCGCAAAGAAGUACCAUGCUUUCCUUGCUUCUGAAGCAGUCAUUAAGCAGAUUCCGCGUUUGCUUGGUCCCGGUCUUAAUAAUGCUGGUAAGUUCCCUACACUUGUCACCCACCAGGAACCCCUGGAGAACAAAGUGAACGAGAUCAAGGCAACCGUCAAGUUUCAGCUUAAGAAAGUUCUCUGCAUGGGAGUUGCUGUUGGUAACCUUAGUAUGGAAGAGAAGCAGAUUUUCCAAAACGUUCAAAUGAGCGUCAACUUUCUUGUUUCAUUGCUGAAGAAGAAUUGGCAAAAUGUCCGGUGCCUAUACUUGAAGAGUACCAUGCAUGGGCAAGCCAUACCGCAUCUUCUGAAACAGCCCCUUUUACCGUUGGUUGAAUGGCGUAGGAGUUGGAAGUUUUGUUUAUUGCCUUUUUGUUAUUUUCUUCAUUGUUCAUUUAAACCCUGUUCCUUGUGUGAGUUGAUAUGUUAUUCCUCAGGAAGAAUUUUGAAGAUACAUGUUUAUUGUAUUGUUAGUCUUUUUACACAUAUAUGUUUGCAAAAAAUUUAUAUUGGUCUACUAGUAUUUGAUGGCUAUAUUGGCUCAGUAUUUCAGUAAUAGGAGGAUCCAAUAAUGACUACUUCUAGGGAGGUGUCUAAUGAUUUUCUGUCGUACUUUUGAAGAAAUUCCUCUUUGGAGCACUUUGCG